AGUCUGUGAAUUCCCGAGCCGGCGGUCCAUGCAGCCUCCUCUUCCUCCUCCUCCUCCUCCUCCUCCGACUCCGUCUCCGUGUCCGGGCCGAGGCCGGAGGCCAUGAGGCUGGUGGUGAAGGCCGUCGACAGGAUGAGAUGCUUUCGGAAGCGCGCCACGAUCCCGGUCCUGGUCUUCCUAAUCACCUUCCUCCUCUUCUUCAACCUCUACAUGGACAAUGAGUAUGUGCUGGAGGCGGAGAAACGGCCUCUGGGCGAGACGCUGCUGCCCCCGGGCCCCCCAGGGCCCCCAGAGAGAGACGUACCCGGGCUCCGGGAGCCGGCCAACUUCUCGGGGAGCAUCAACGUGACGUACCGCUACCUGGCGGGCCUGCCCCUGAACCGCAGGAAGUUCCUCACCAUCGGCCUGUCGUCCGUCAAACGGAGAAAGGGGAACUACCUGAUAGAAACGAUCAAGUCCAUCUUCGACCAGUCCAGCUACGAGGAGCUACAGCAGAUGGUGGUGGUGGUCCACCUGGCGGACUUCGACCUGGCGUGGUGUGACCACCUGGUGCAGGAGAUCUCCCGGAGGUUUGCCCACCACAUUCUCGCCGGGCGCCUGCUGGUCAUCCAGGCUCCGGAGGAGUACUACCCGCCUCUGGACGGUCUGAAGAGGAACUUCAACGACCCCGACGACCGGGUCCGGUUCCGCUCCAAGCAGAAUGUCGACUACGCCUUCCUGCUCAACUUCUGCACCGAGCUCUCGGACUUCUACAUGAUGCUGGAGGACGACGUGCGCUGCUCCAGGAAUUUCCUGACCUCCCUGAAGAAGGUGAUCUCCUCCCGGGAAGGCUCCUACUGGGUGAUGCUGGAGUUCUCCAAGCUGGGGUACAUCGGGAAGCUGUACCGCUCGGGGGACCUGCCGCGCCUGGCCCGCUUCCUGCUGCUCUUCUACCAGGAGAUGCCGUGCGACUGGCUCCUCCUCCACUUCAGGGGCCUGCUGGCCCAGAAGGACGUGAUCCGCUUCCGGCCCUCGCUGUUCCAGCACAUGGGCUAUUACUCCUCGUACAACGGUGCCGAGAACAAGCUGCAGGACGACGACUUCGAGGAGGACUCGGCGGACGUCCCCGACAACCCGCCCGCCCGCCUGCACACCAACAUCCACGUGUUCGAGAGCUACGACGUCGGCCGGGCCUACAGCAGCGUCGCCGAGGAGUACUUCUGGGGGAAGCCGCCGUUCACCGGGGACUUCUUGGUCGUCAUCUUUAACAAGUCCGCCAGGAUCAGCCGGAUCAGGGUCGUCACGGGGUCGGACGACCGGCAGAGCGACGUCCUGCACCGCGGGGCGCUGGAGGUCGGGCGGAGGCUUACGGAGUCCAGGCAGGGCCAGCAGUGCACCUCCUACAUCACGCUGGGGGAGUUUAAGGACGGCCGCAUCGAGGUGCACAACGUGCACCAUAAGAUCGGCUUUGAGGUCCAGUGCGUUCGGAUAGUGGUGACGGCCAGUCAGGAGGACUGGCUCAUCGUGAGGACGGUCAGCGUGUGGACCGCCCAGCCCUCGGCACCCUGAAGGCCGCCCAGCCCUCUCCACUCUGAGGACGGUCAAGACCCUGAGGACGGUCAGCGUGUGGACCGCCUGUUAGUUAGGUCUCGUUCCCACCGAGGUGGGCGGCUUGGUUCGGUCUGAAAGGGUGCCAAAAAAGGUGGAGCAACACAAUGCCUUCCAUUGAUUGGUCAAAAGAAUCGUCACAUCUGUGCG